AUGGCCGAGUACUCUUCGCUCAAGGUGCCCGAGCUCAAGAAGCUCCUUGCCGAAAAGGGUCUCCCCCAGACCGGCAACAAGGCAGACCUGAUCGCGCGACUCCAGGAGAACGACAAGAAGGCCGAGAGUGAGGCGAAGCCCGCUGAGAACAAAGAGGACGAGAUCAGCUACAGCGACGACGAGGCUCCCGCUGAGCCUGCUGCUCCUGCUCCCGCUCCCGCUGCUGCGCCCGCGCCUGCACCUGCUGCUGAGGCUCCCGCCACCGAGACAGCUCCCGCCGCGACCGAGGGAGCUGAGGAGCCCGCUGCGGAGAAGCCUGCCGAGACAGAGGCGCCUGCUGAGCCUGAAAAGUCCUACGCCAUCGGUCUCUCGUCCACUGCUGCUGAUGACGAGGCCAAGAAGCGUGCUGAGCGCGCCAAGCGCUUUGGUCUUGAGGAGGAUGAGGAUGCAAAGAAGAGGGCUGAUCGAGCAAAGCGAUUCGGUCUAGACGAGAAGGAGCUCGCAUCCACUCUUGACUCGGCGCUUCCAGAGCGCUCCCGAAAGCGAGGCCGUGACCGUGGCGACGGUGAGGGUAACCGUUCCACCGAGAACAACCGCCCUGGCAAGCGACAGAGCCUUGACCGAAGGAAUGACCGACGAAGGGGAGGCCGCGGUGGACGUGGUGGUCCCCGGAACGAGUCGACCCGCGAAACUCGAAGCCGGGGUAGUAUCCUCGAUGACCCGGCAGAGAAGGCCAAGGCGGAGAAGCGCGCUGCUCGGUUCGCUGGGAACUAG